GAAAGAGAAAGCAUGCUGGGCGCAGAGAACCUCAGGCGCCGGGAUGGAGCUUCAGCCCGCGAGACUCUUGCUACUGUGUUGCUGCUGUCUCGGCCUCGGGGUCUCCAGGACCUGGCCUUGGAGCCACCAGCGGGAGGCGGCCGCCUUGCGGGAAAGCCUCAACAGACACCGAUACUUGAACUCUUUCUCUCAUGAAAACUCUACUGCCUUCUAUGGAGUAAAUCAGUUUUCUUAUUUGUCCCCUGAAGAGUUUAAAGCUUUGUAUUUAGGCAGCAAACCUGCCUGGGCUCCCAGAUACCCAGCAGAAGGACAGAGACCUAUCCCCAAUGUUUCUUUGCCAUUGAGAUUUGACUGGAGGGACAAGCAUGUUGUAAAUAACGUAAGGAACCAGAAGAUGUGUGGAGGAUGCUGGGCCUUCAGCGUGGUGAGUGCAAUAGAGUCAGCUUGUGCGAUCCAAGGAAAACCUCUGGAUUACCUGAGUGUGCAGCAGGUCAUCGACUGCUCCUUUAAUAAUUAUGGCUGCCGUGGCGGCUCUCCUCUGGGUGCCUUGAGCUGGCUAAAUGAGACACAGUUGAAGUUGGUGGCAGAUUCACAAUACCCAUUCAAGGCAGAAAAUGGCCUGUGUCGCUACUUUCCUCCGUCACAAUCAGGAGUUUCAAUUAAGGAUUUUUCUGCAUAUGACUUCAGUGACCAAGAAGAUGAAAUGGCCAGAGCACUUCUGUCCUUCGGCCCUUUGGUUGUAAUAGUUGAUGCAGUGAGCUGGCAGGAUUAUCUGGGAGGCAUAAUCCAGCAUCACUGUUCCAGUAAGGAGGCAAACCAUGCGGUUAUCAUCACAGGCUUUGAUAGAACAGCAUCUUACCUUUGUAGGAACUACUCCAUAUUGGAUGGUGAGAAACUCCUGGGGAAACUCAUGGGGAGUAGAAGGUUAUGCCCACGUGAAAAUGGGAGGUAAUAUUUGUGGCAUUGCAGACUCUGUUGCUGCUGUCUUCGUAUGAUCAUGAAAUGUUUUGGAUUCUCCAUGAGACAACUACUAAAAUGAUGUGGUUCAUAGUAUGAUCUAAUACAAUGCUCAACUCUAAGCAUUAUACACUGUCGGGUUCCAACAACUUGUCUACAGAGAGGUUCAAGAACAAACUGGCAUUUUGUAAAGCAACACAGGACACUCUAUCUUGCAGAGAGAUGGACAGCCAAAGUUCAUAGGAAGUCCCCCAGCACAUUGACUAAUAAAUGGGAUCUGUGGGACUGUGUAUACCUCUGAGGGUUUGGUGGGAUCAGAAGUAGUUCCCAUCUGGAAGUAGUUGGGAUUUUUGCUUGCUUGUUGUCUUUCUGGGUGUCUGUUUUAAUGAAGUACUUUGGUCAGGUUGAAUCAAAGGAGUGAUAAGAAUUUGUUUUCCUUUGUCACUUAGAAUAACUAGUCUUAGAUUACCUCAUCUACAAGAAUGCUCAACCUGACAGGAUGUGUACAUCACAGUUGCAGGGGCCUUCUGAAAUGGUGUACAGAUUUGAAAUAUCAGUUGUUUUACCUCAGCAAAUGGACCUUACUCUAGACAGUAGAACAGCUAUGUACAAAGAAGAAACAGCUAUGCACAAAUAGGAUCCCACCUUCUGAGAGCCGUCCAACUGAAGCUAAAGGAAGCACAUGACAGCUGUGUGACAGGGAGUAGCCUAUGCCACUUCCAGGGAGGCAUAAUGUCUAUAAAGGUUAGCUGCCAAGCAUCCAAAACAUUUAGUUUCUGGCCUUCUUCCCUCUGCAGUAGAAAAUGAAGUAUGGUCCACAUGUACUCCCUUUCUUAUCAUUUACUGAACAAUUUCUAUGGUUUCCUCGUGGUUCACCUUCCAGUCCAAAGUAACUUUGUCCCAUUGUUUAUAGUCCAUUUCUGUUAUCCAAUAUGUUAUUAUUUAAAAAGAAUUCUCUGGCCCCUGCUCCUUGUUUAUGUCCUUUAGUAGAAUGCCAGCAUCAAGAACAAAACUCCUUACUCUUUUGUCUGCACCAAUGAGAAGCCAUCUCAAAUGUGAAGAGCCUGGAGUGUAGGGAAACGGCAGAAGACAGUUCUUAACAUUUUGAAUAAAGUCGUCUAAUUAUCGAAGGAAUCCAGAAAGGAAUUUACGUCAGCCAUAGUUUUUCUUAAUGACUUUCAGUAUGUUAUCAGCAAAUUUUCUAAUGACCAACUUCAAAUGCAAAAUCAGUUUUAAAUUUUUCAAAAUGACUUUUAUCCUUUAAGUGUUCUAAGAUUGAUAAUAUUUAUAAUAAAACAACCUAUAUUUGACUUUUAAUUAAAAAGAAUCCAUUCUUAAA